CCGUCCCAGCCCCUUGCGCCGCACCCGGAGCCCAGUGGGGUCGGUGUCCCCCGCCCGCGCUGCGCCGGGAAGACGAUGGCGCCGGCGGCGUCGAAGCUGACGGCCGAGGCCGACCUUGGGGCAUUCCCGCGGCGGGCGCUCGCCCAGUACCUGCGCCUCCUGCGGCUCUACCCGGUGCUCACCAAGGCGACCACGAGUGGCAUUUUGUCAGCACUUGGGAACUUCCUGGCCCAGUUGAUUGAGAAGAAUUAGGAAAAAGAAAACUGCUCUCAAAAGCUAGAUGUCAGAGGGCCUCUCAGAUAUGCCAUUUACGGGUUCUUUUUCACAGGGCCGCUGGGUCACUCCUUCUACCUCUUCGGGGACUGGAUCCCUCCCGAGGCCCCCUCGGCAGGCGUCACGAGGCUGCUGCUGGGCCGCCUCCUCUUCGCACCCGCCUUCCUGUCAUCGUUCUUCCUCAUCGUGAACUCCCUGGAGGGGAAGGACGCGGCCACCUUCACUGCGAAGAUGAAGAGAGGAUUCUGGCCGGCGCUGCCGAUGAACUGGCGAGUCUGGACUCGAGUGCAGUUUAUUAACGUCAACUAAGUCCCUUUGCAAUUCCAGGUGCUCUGUGCCGACUUGGCGGCUCUGUUCUGGCACACCUACUUGGCCUCUCUGCGGAAGUGAAGAUGACCAGGAGAGGUCCUCAGACACACUGAU